ACCUUCAGCCAUUUUGACCAUGUUAGGAGCUGUGGGACGCUGCUGCACCGGGGCUCUGCAGGCUCUCAAGCCUGGGGUCCAGCCCUUGAAGGCUCUCGUUGGAUCCCCAGCCGUUCUUUCCCGCAGAGACUAUGUCGCACCUGCCGCCGCUGCCAGCGUCGCCAACGGGCGCAUCGUGGCCGUCAUCGGUGCCGUGGUGGACGUCCAGUUCGACGAGGGCCUCCCUCCCAUCCUCAACGCCCUGGAAGUGACCGGUCGCGAGGCCAGGCUAGUCCUGGAGGUGGCACAGCAUCUUGGGGAGAACACAGUGCGUACCAUUGCUAUGGAUGGUACUGAGGGUCUGGUCCGUGGACAGAAAGUUCUGGACACCGGUGCUCCCAUCAGAAUCCCAGUGGGUCCCGAGACCCUGGGCAGGAUUAUGAAUGUCAUUGGCGAGCCCAUCGAUGAGAGGGGUCCCAUCUCCACCAAACAGACUGCUCCCAUCCACGCUGAGGCUCCUGAGUUCACCGACAUGAGUGUGGAGCAGGAGAUUCUGGUUACUGGCAUUAAGGUGGUGGACCUGCUGGCUCCCUACGCCAAGGGAGGAAAGAUUGGUCUGUUCGGUGGUGCUGGUGUCGGCAAGACUGUAUUGAUCAUGGAGCUGAUCAACAAUGUGGCCAAGGCCCAUGGUGGUUACUCUGUGUUUGCCGGUGUGGGAGAGCGUACCCGUGAGGGAAAUGACUUGUACCAUGAAAUGAUUGAGUCUGGUGUCAUCAACCUGAAGGACACCACCUCCAAGGUGGCGCUGGUGUACGGACAGAUGAACGAGCCCCCCGGUGCCCGUGCCAGAGUGGCUCUGACUGGACUGACCGUGGCUGAGUACUUCCGUGACCAGGAGGGUCAGGAUGUGCUGCUCUUCAUCGACAACAUCUUCCGUUUCACACAGGCUGGCUCUGAGGUGUCUGCUCUGCUGGGUCGUAUCCCCUCUGCUGUGGGUUACCAGCCCACUCUGGCCACUGACAUGGGUACCAUGCAGGAGAGAAUCACUACCACCAAGAAGGGUUCCAUUACAUCUGUGCAGGCCAUCUAUGUGCCCGCUGAUGAUCUGACUGACCCUGCCCCCGCCACCACCUUCGCUCACUUGGAUGCCACCACUGUACUGUCCCGUGCCAUCGCUGAGCUGGGUAUCUACCCCGCUGUCGACCCCCUGGACUCAACCUCCCGUAUCAUGGACCCCAACAUCGUCGGAGCCGAGCACUAUGACGUCGCCCGUGGUGUGCAGAAGAUCCUCCAGGACUACAAAUCCCUGCAGGAUAUCAUUGCCAUCUUGGGUAUGGAUGAGUUGUCUGAGGAGGACAAGCUGACUGUGGCUCGCGCCCGCAAGAUCCAGCGUUUCCUGUCCCAGCCCUUCCAGGUGGCCGAGGUCUUCACUGGCCACAUGGGCAAGCUGGUGCCCCUCAAAGAGACCAUCAAGGGCUUCAAGAGCAUCCUUGGUGGCGAGUACGAUCCUCUGCCCGAGCAGGCCUUCUACAUGGUCGGCCCCAUUGAGGAAGUGGUCCAGAAAGCUGAGAAGCUGGCUGAGGAGCACUCGUAAACAUCCCAAAUGUCU